AUGAGUAUCUUUAUCCUCUCCACUGAGAGACGGUGGCCUGAGGCUCCCCAAGGAGCAAAGUCCGCGUGGGAAGGAUGGGACAAAGAUGCUCUAGGAGCCUGGUGUGUCGGUCCACGUAUUUUAGCAAGCCCAUCUGGGUGGUUGCCCCUUGUAAUUUUGCCUCCUCCAUUCCUUCCUUCUCCACAGAGGCAUCCUUCCAAGCUCUCCACCCCGGAGUACACGGUCGAACUGAAGGGGGCCUCUCUCGAUUGGGCCCCCAAAGACAAAUCCAGCAAGAAGAAUGUGUUAGAGCUACGAAGCCGAGAUGGCUCAGAAUACCUGAUCCAGCAUGACUCAGAAGCCAUCAUCAGCACCUGGCACAAGGCUAUAGCCAAAGGCAUUGAGGAGCUGUCCGCAGACCUGCUCCAGGGGGUGGAAGGUGAGCCCAGCAGUGCUGAUUUCGGGUCCAGCGAGCGCCUCGGAAGCUGGAGGGAGGAGGAUGUGCAGCAGAAUGCAGCCUCACUUUCCCUGAGCCCUGGAGGCCUGGAGAGCGACUUGAGCAGGGUCCGGCACAAGCUCCGUAAAUUCCUACAGAGAAGACCCACUCUGCAGUCUUUGCGAAAAGGCUACAUCAAAGACCAGGUGUUUGGAUGUGCGCUGGCUCAACUGUGUGAGCGCGAGAGGAGUCCCGUGCCACGCUUCGUGCAGCAAUGCAUCCGCACUGUCGAGGCCCGGGGGCUGGACAUCGACGGGCUGUACCGCAUCAGUGGGAACCUGGCCACCAUCCAGAAACUGCGCUAUAAGGUGGAUCACGAUGAGCGCCUGGACCUGGAUGACGGGCGCUGGGAGGAUGUCCACGUGAUUACGGGCGCAUUGAAGCUCUUCUUCCGGGAGCUGCCAGAACCCCUCUUCCCCUUCUCGCACUUCCACCAGUUCAUAGCAGCCAUCAAGCUGCAGGACCCAGCCCAGCGCAGCCGCUGUGUACGUGACCUGGUGCGCACGCUGCCGGCUCCCAACCACGACACGCUCCGACUGCUCGUCCAGCACCUGUGCCGGGUGAUCGAGCAUGGCGAGCAGAACCGUAUGUCCGUGCAAAAUGUGGCCAUAGUGUUCGGGCCCACGCUGCUGCGGCCUGAGAUGGAGGAGGCCAGCAUGCCCAUGACCAUGGUGUUCCAGAACCAGGUGGUGGAGCUCAUCCUACAGCAGUGCGCAGACAUCUUCCCGCCGCACUGACUGCGGACCCUGGGUGGCUGGAGGCCAUGAGGCUGGACCUCCUUUGAAGCUCUCCGCUUCCCACCCCGCUGCACUGUGACUUCUACACCCCUCGAUUCAGAGGGUACGGUGACCGCCUUCAUGACCCCAGUUCGUGAAAUGUGAUUUUUUUUCCCCUGCUGUAUCCCUAUUUGGGGUUCCUUAGCGCCCUUUCUUGAUUACAGCGCCGCCUAUUGUGCAAACACGAGAAUGUUCCGGGGAGUCGGGGGCGGAUGAGUGCUUCCUAGGGCCGCGGUUGGGAGGAGGGAUUGGAUGAAGGCAUUCUGGUUUCCACAUGCCUGCAUCUGGCCAGGCCUUGAUGGAGACUCUGUAGGCCCCGCGCUAUGCAGGAGGUCCUGCGCUAGUCAUGAAGCAGCUACUGACACUGUCCCUGCUCCCAGGGCAGGACUGACCCUGGCCGCCAGCCCAGGCCACUGACUGCUUUCUUCAGCCUUAUGCUCCUGUGCCACCCUACUGCAGGCCACCUGCGGGCUUUUCCUCCGCGUUGCUCUCUCCCUGGACCACCUCUGUUCUCUCCAUGUUCCUCAUGCCCACCACAUGCUUACCCCGCGCCCACUAAGCAUGAUUCCAGGGAACUGGGGCUUGCAGCAGAAGUCAAACGACUUCAGGUUCCAAAGGUGACCUAAAUCCCUGCAAAGGCUCUCGCCACAGCAAACCCAGCCCCUAGAGGAAGAAGUGGUUCUUCGCCCCCUCUGCAGCACUGCAGAUGGGCAGAGCAGAGCAAACAGCCAGGAGCACCCUGCAUGGGCUGGGGGGGUGGGGGGGUGGAGGUUCCUUCAGGCAACAGGGAACCUACCACAGCUGUUCUGGGGGAAGAAAAACAUCACAAAUAGAAGCCCCCAGCCCCUGCCUGCACCCUGACUGAGUGCCUACCCGGUACUCACUUGCCAUGCAGAGCUGGGAGGGGCCCACUGGAGAAAGGUCACAGCCUCGGGCACAGAGAGUUGAGCAUGCGUCAGCUUCCCCCCUCCCCAUGCACACACCACCUCAGUUUACGGAUCUGAGCCCCUAGCUCCACCCACCCUCACUAACUCAACAAACGAUAAUAGCUAAUAUUUAUUGAGCGUCCAUACCAUGCCAGCCCUUUACUCCGAUUUCCCCCUUGGUUUCUUGCAGUCAAUAUUUAUUGUGGGCCCUCGUGUGCUGGGCACUGUGUUCUGGGGCUUUCUGGAGCUUAGGGCCCAGUGAGUAAGGCUGAGACAAGCCCAGCCCCAAUGCUAGCAGGCCCAAGAAGAGAACAAAUGGAGGCCUCCCACCAUACAUCUACAUAUUUAAAGUCUUAAGGCAACCUAACAACUGUUAAAUAAAAUACGUUUAUU